UGGAGGCGCACCGGCUCCAUAGAGCAGAAACAUCGUAUUAUGGCCUCUCUCUGAGCCUCCUGAUGCAGUUGUGUACAUACCUUACCGGCAAUCCGUCACCAUCGACGCCUUGAUCAUGGACCCCCGGUCCAGAGGCUUUUUUCGGGGCCAUCGGAGUUGUCAAUAGUACUCCCAAAGUACUAUAUUAUUUGAUUUUGAGCACUGUCACUUUUGCACGCCCGGGGAUUUAAACCGAAGUGACAGUAGUAGCACUCACCCCAUCUGCCGGUCAGCUAACAAGCUAGCUCACUAAGUCAAUAGCCAAGAAAGGGCAUCACUUUUUUGGAGUAAAGGACACGGAAACUACAACGCCACUAUUUUCUGUUAUAGAAGACUGACCAGAGGGCGAUUCCCAGAGUUACCAUCUUGCAGCAUAUUCAUUAUCGAUUCCUGGAAAGGUUGGCAACAGAAGGCCACCCUAAUGCAGGACCACAAAAGAACGUGAAAUGAACAAACCACCACAGCCUAUAACGGGACCAACCUCAGUCCCAAACCCUGCUCCAUCCCCUGGAUUAACACAGGCUGCUUACGGCCCUGGACAACCCCCUUCUCUUGUUUUUGCGACCCCUCCACCCCCACAAAUGAACUCCGCACCACAGCCAAGACAGUUUGCUGCAGGCCCCCGUACUUUACACCAACAGGGUGGAUACAGAGCACUACAGAGCUACUAUCAGAACCGACCAGCCAUGGCCACCAGUGCUCCGAGGGUACAGACGAGUAGUGGACCACGGCCUGUGGGACCCGCUCAUGUCUACCCGCCAAGCUCCCAGAUGAUGAUGAUUUCCCAGCCACAACUGUCUUUCGCUGGCUCCCCUCAGGGCUACUUCAUCCCCCCUGGACAGUACCGGGCCCCAUAUAUGCCUCCUACUCAGCAGUAUCCUGUGACCAGCGGGACAGCGGGCUUCUAUCCUGGAACAAGCCCUGCUGAAUACCCAGCUUAUGAGCCCUCUCUUGCUGCGAGGGAGAGGCGGGGUGGUGGGGGGAGAGGGAGUGGCCGAGAGAACGGCCGUCUCUCUCUCCACGGUGCUCCUCUCACCUCCCAGCGCUACCCUGCUGGGGCAUACUAUCCAGCUCAGCCGCAGUACUCUCCGUCUGUCCAGCCUGCACCAGUAAUGAUCAACCCUGCACAGCAGCAGCAACAAGCCCCGCCUCCUCAACAACCACCAACACAGCCACAAGCCCCACCAAAGAGGGAACGCAAACCGGUAGUGUGUCGCAACAAAAGGGCAGCGCACCUCUUUUCUGAGAUACGAAUACGAGACCCUAACCAGGGCGGAAAAGAUAUCACAGAGGAGAUCAUGUCAGGUGGAAGGUCCACCACCACACCCACUCCCCCACAGGCCUCAGCAGAUGGAAGUCCUGCACAGACCAACGGGGAAAUAACACGGCCUGUUACAACUAGAAGAGAUGAAAGCAUGGAGCCUCUUUCUAGCGCCGACACCCCUCCACCUCCCUCCACAGAAAAUACAGAGCCAGUGGUGGAGGCAAUAGAGGAAAUGGACAACCAGAUACCACCACCUGAUGAGUCAGCCUCACAAACUGUUGCCCCUGCAGCUGCUACUGAUGUGCCAUCUCCGUUUAUAAAAGACCAGCAGUCUUCCACAUCCCUCCCUCCUGCAGCAGCAACCACCCCAGAUCCCACUGAGGUUGUAAAUAAAGUCGAUACUAAAGAAGGUGAUACAGUAGACGCUCCUGUUGUCCCCUCAGUAUCAUUAGCAGCACAAGAGGUGCCUGCUAGUACAGAAGAAAUACAGGCUACCCUUGCUCCAGGGGAGAAGGUGCCAGAAACAGAGGAAAAACUAAAAGAGGAGAUAAGUAAUCCAGAAGAAGAGCAAGAGGUGGGCAAUACAGCGGAACCUGAGGCUGAGGUUGAUGUAACAGUUACCCCUGAUAUUGAGGCGAAAGAAGAGACGGCAACAAAGGCAGCAACUGAUGUUUCUCAGCCUCCACCCUCUGCAGAAGAACCUGCUGCCCCACCCACCCAGACAUCAGCCCCAUGCUCUGCCCCCUCUCCAGCACCUUCCCCAGCCCCUGAACCUAAAGUUGAACCUACACCAGCUGAAAAGACAGAGCCUUUCCUCUCCAAUGGCCUUCCUCAGGACGCCGAAGAAUUGUCUGAGGAUAUGACGUUUUCAGACACUAAAUCCCUCGACAGGUCCGACUCUUCUCAAACUCAGGAACCCACACCUGUGGCUAAAACGGCAAAGGUGGCCCAGGAGGAGGUGGUGGAGGAGGAGGAGGAGGAGAAGGAGAAGGAGAAGGAGAAAGAGAAAGAGAAAGAGAAAGAGAAGAAAGACAAGGAGGGCAAGGAGAAAGUUGAGGAUGCUCCACCUACAUCUGUCCCUACGGAGGAAUCUACUACUAUGCAAGCUGCUACGUCUGUGCCAAAGAAGAGGAAAAACAUGAAGGAGUUAAACAAGAAGGAGGCCAUUGGAGACCUCCUGGAUGCCUUCACAGAGGAGCAGGGUACCAAACCUGCUUCCGAGCCCUCGUCCACUCAGCCCGAUCCUGUCCCCGUAGCUCCAGCUGAACCUCCUGCUGAGGUUGCAGAUGAGACGUGGGAGGAGAAAGAGGACAAGCAGAAUGCAGAGCCUGAAAAGCCGAAAGCCACACCUGAGCCAAGUGGAAAGAAGUACCAGUACAAAGAAGAACAAUGGAAGCCAAUUGAUCCAGAGGAGAAGAAGCGGUACGACAGGGAGUUCCUCCUGGGCUUCCAGUUUAUAAGCGCCAGUAUGCACAAACCUGAGGGCCUUCCCCUCAUCAGCGAUGUAGUCCUAGACAAGGCAAACAAGACUCCACUGCGGCCAGCUGAUCCGGCUCGACUCAUGAAUCUUGGUCCUGAUUUUACUCCCUCAUAUUUGGGGAACCUUGGGAGCAAAUCAGUAGGAGGACCACGAGGCCCACCUCCUGGCCCACGUCGUUCCCAGCAGGGUCAGAGGAAAGAGCCCCGUAAAAUCAUCAGCAGCAUGUCUCUCAGUGACGAUGUGCAGCUCAACAAGGCCGAGAAGGCCUGGAAACCCAGCUCCAAAAAGCCCUCUCGUGCCCGAGCUGGGGAUGAUGAAGAAGAAGAUCCCGAACAGGCCAAGACUCAAGAGCUGUUAAAGCGUCUUCGUAGUAUCCUCAACAAGCUGACCCCUCAGAAGUUUCAGGAGCUAAUGAAACAGGUGACAGAGCUGACAAUAGACACAGAGGAGAGGCUGAAGGGAGCCAUCGACCUCAUCUUCGAGAAGGCCAUCUCAGAGCCCAACUUCUCCGUGGCCUACGCCAACAUGUGCCGUUGCCUUAUGGGGCUGAAAGUCCCCUCUCCAGACAAGCCAGGACAUACUGUGAACUUCCGCAAACUGCUGCUCAACCGCUGCCAGAAAGAGUUUGAGAAGGACCAGGAUGACGAUGAAAUCUUUGAGAAAAAGCAAAAAGAAAUGGAGGCUGCCAAGGAGGAAGAGGAGCGAGAGCGUUUAAGGGUGGAGCUGGAGGAGGCUAAAGACCAAGCCCGCCGACGCUCUUUGGGUAACAUAAAGUUCAUCGGAGAGCUCUUCAAGUUGAAGAUGCUGACAGAGGCCAUCAUGCACGACUGUGUGGUGAAACUACUGAAGAAUCACGAUGAAGAGUCUCUGGAAUGUCUCUGCAGGCUGCUCUCUACAAUUGGAAAAGACCUAGACUUUGAGAAGGCAAAGCCUCGUAUGGAUCAGUAUUUUAAUCAGAUGGACAAAAUCAUCAAGGAGAGAAAGACUUCAUCUAGAAUCCGCUUCAUGCUCCAAGACGUCUUGGACCUCAGGAAGAAUAACUGGGUUCCUCGUAGAGGAGACCAAGGUCCUAAAACUAUUGACCAGAUUCACAAAGAGGCAGAGAUGGAGGAGCACAGGGAGCAGAUCAAAGUGCAGCAGCAGCUCAUGUCUAAGAAAGAGGGAGGAGGCGGAGGCAGGAUGGGAGGAGGCAUGGGGGGCAGAGGCCCUCACACGCCAGGCGGCAGGACCAACCAGCCACAGGAUGAGGGCUGGAACACGGUGCCCAUCUCCAAGAACAGACCCAUCGACACCACCCGCCUUAGCAAGAUCACAAAGCCUGGUGCUUUGGACUUCAACAAUCAGCUGUUGGCUCCUGGAGGAAAAGGCAUGUGGGGCAGCUGGGGCAAAGGCAGCAGUGGAGGAACGGGAGCUAAACCAGCCAGUGGAGAGCAGGAUUCUGGUCGUCCAGCUACCAGCACCCUCAACCGCUUCUCAGCGCUGCAGCAGUCUGGUUCACUGUUGUCAUCUUCAGAAUCAGACCGCAGAGUUCCUCAGAGGUCAAGCUCCAGUCGUGAGCGUGGCAAUGAAAGAGACAGAGGCGAUCGCGACAGGGAUCGCUAUGAUCGCUUCGAGGGACGGGAAGGACGUGAUGACAGGAGUGGCCAGAACCAAAUCACUAAGAGAAGCUUCAGCAGAGAGUCGCAGGAUCGUGGCGGGAGAGGAGGAGAAAGCCGAGCUACGAAUGAGGCUGUGCGGCGCGUUGCCAGCAUGACCGACGAUAGGGACAGAGGCAGCAGAGACAGAGGCAGCAGAGACAGAGGCAGCAGAGACAGAGGCAGCAGGGAUAGAGGGAGCAGGGAAAGAGGAAGCAAAGACCAGGGCAGCAAAGACAGAGGAAGCCGGGACAGGGUUCCAAGCAAAGAUCUUACAGCUAAACGUGAGAGCGCCCCCACUCCUCCUCCCGCUCCUCAGAAGCCUUCUAUGACCGAGGAGGAGGUUGAGAAGAAGUCGAAAGCCAUCAUCGAAGAAUACCUCCACAUCAAUGACUUGAAGGAGGCGAUGCAGUGCGUGGCAGAACUCAACAGUGCCUCGCUGCUCUUUGUGUUUGUGCGGAACUGCGUGGAGUCAACGCUCGAGCGCAGCACUAUCGCAAGAGAGCACAUGGGCCUGCUGCUUCACCAGCUUGUUAAGGCAGGGUCAUUGCCCCCAGCGCAGUACUACAAAGGGCUUGAGGAGACCCUGGAGGCGGCAGAAGACACGGCCAUAGAUAUACCUCACAUCUGGCUCUACCUGGCCGAACUUAUCAACCCCAUGCUCCAUGAGGGGGGCAUUCCUAUGGGACAGCUCUUCAGGGAGAUCUCGAAGCCUCUUGUGCCUCUUGGGAAGGCCGGCGUGCUGCUGGUACAGAUCCUCAAGUUACUCUGCAAAGGAAUGACUACUAAGAAGGUCGGGGCCAUGUGGACGGACGCUGGCCUGAGUUGGAGUGAAUUCUUGCCAGAGGAUGAAGACGUCAACAAGUUUGUCACUGAGCAGAAAGUAGAGUUCACUACAGGAGAGGAGGUGGAGUCAAAGGAAGCUGGUAAGAAGAAGGUCCUGAGUGGAGACGAGCUCAGCAAUAAGCUGGACCGGCUCCUGCAGGACAAAGCCAACAACGAGCGCAUCAGAGACUGGGUGGAGGCUAACUUGGACGAAGAGCAAAGCACUUCCAACCAGUUUGUACGAGCGUUGAUGACAUCAGUGUGUCAGUCUGCCAUCAUAUGUGACAACCCGUACCGGGUGGAUGCGAAGCAGAUAGGCCAGAGGGCCAGUCUGCUGCAGAGAUACUUGUGUGAUGAGCAGAAAGAGCUGCAGGCUCUGUACGCUCUGCAGGCUCUGAUGGUGCACAUGGAGCAGCCAGCGAACUUGCUGCGGAUGUUCUUUGACGCCUUGUACGACGAGGACGUCAUUAAAGAGGAGGCCUUCUACAAAUGGGAGUCCAGCAAAGACCCUGCUGAGCAAACAGGCAAAGGUGUGGCCUUGAAAUCAGUCACCGCCUUCUUUACCUGGCUCCGCGAGGCUGAGGAGGAGUCCGACAAGGAAUAGAUAAAAAAAAAAAAAAGACUGGACUUGAAGCUGCGGCCCCCCAGUGGCAAGGCGGGGGCUCUGCGGGUGACUGCAGAGAUUCACAGAGACAAUAUUGCCAGAGGCAGACUCAAAUCAAUCCUCAAUGAGGAUAAAUCUUUAUUAUGUUUUCUUUUCUUAGAGGGAUGGACUCAGAAAACAAUCAUUUCUCUCUCCCCUCCCUCUUUUACUUCCUCAUUAUUUCCCCCACCUGCUUCUCACAGCAAGUGUCCUCAUCAAAUAAACUUGAAAACUGAUUGAGCAGGAUUGCUUGCUAACGAGGUGUGAAAUAUGCCACAUCACUACAAAAACCUUUUUAUUUUUUUGGUCACAAUAACACAAAAAAGCAACCGUCUGCUUAAUUCUGGUUUCUUAAAAUGCCUACCAUCAUGUGAUGUGCAAGAACAGAACGCAGGUUGUGUGUGGUGGAAUGGGUUCCCUGAUAUGUGGGUAUCAUCAUGUGUGUUCAAUCCAAACUCAGCUCUUGUCUUUGUCCCUUUCUGGAGUGCGCAGCAUGACUGAAGUGUGUUUCUAUUAAUGAUAACAGUGGACAAAAUGUUGAUAGACUAAUGUUCAUGAACUAAUCUUGAUUGAUGGAUGGAGUUUUUAAAGCAUAGUUGGUCUAUUUUUUUCUUCCUGUUUCUCCAUCAUGAACUCGGAGGCAGAAACAUGGAGGACUGAUGCUGACCUAUGAUUCGACUACUUGGGGGUGGUCUUAAUGCUUCCUCUAAGCCAUCCUCUCCCAUCCCCAGUAGUGAGCCACACUGACUGACUCUUCAUCUUUACCUCUUCUAUACUUAAACCUGAGCUGUUGUAGAGGACACUUAAUGACCCAAUCACCAUUAAAACUUGAAAUCUACAGAAAAUUGACUUGAUGAAAUAUAUAAAGUUAAAGGAAAAAAAGGAAAAAAAAACUAAACAGAAAUGAUCCGAAAGCCUUUUCUGCUUCAAGUGGAAACUUAUUUCAGGAGCAUUCUGUAAAUAUAUAAUGAUGAUAAUUACAAAAAAAGUUUUUUUUGUCUUCAGUUUUAUUUUUCAGAAAUGAUAAAUUGCUGAUGUAAUUGCAGUGUCCUUUUCCAACAGAAGCCGCGGUUGUCCAGAUGCAGAGAGGUGCUUUAGAUUAUCCAUUGAUUAUUAUUAUUAUUAGUUGUAUUGGAAUUUUGUAAAUAUUUUUUUUUUUGCUUUCUUUAUUUAAGAAAUUAUCGCUUCUUUUGCAUCGGAAACUGGAAAGAUGAGGUAACGGAGCAUUGCAAAUAAAAGACUUACGAAGUUG